AUGGGACUGCUUGCUUCCGCCUUCCGCCUCCGCUCCCGCUUCCUGUGUCCCCUCAAGAGCUCGUACUCAUUUCAAUCCCUGGCAUCAGUCCAUGGCAUUGGUCAUGAGCCAGAUUCUCCAAUCGCACCGUACGAGCACCUGCGAAGGAGGACAUGCGAUCACAAGAGGCAGGAUCUGCGUCUUCACGACCACCAUCACCUGUCGUCUGCUUCGACAUCCUGA